UCAUCAAGAGUUGGUUUGUGCUUCGCACGAUCAUUUUCGCGGCAGUAGAGCCCGGGAGAUAGUCGGUACACGUUGGGGAUAAUUUCAAAAAGAAAUAAUAAUAAUAAUCAUCAAAUAUUUAAGGGUGUGAGUUGAACACAUACUGAUAAAAAACAUGUAUAGAGUUAAAUAGUGAGAGGGUGAAAAAGUGAAUGAGGGGCUAAAGGAGAAAAUGUAAAAUGAAAAAGAAGAUUUGAAAUGAAAUUUUAAAUAUUCACUUAAUAAAUUUGUGAUAAGGUGUAUACUGAGGUUGGGUAUAAAAGUCAUAAGUCAGAGGGUCCAGCAGGUCUAGUCGUUACUCGACCACCUUGACAAGUACUUGACUUGCAAUCAUCUACCUCGAAUCACGCAAAUAUAGAUAUAUAGAUAUAUAUCACAAAAUUAUCAUCAUCAUCAUUAUCAAUAUUAUUGAUGAUAAUAAUAAUAGUAAAAAAAUCAACGAGUUAUGAAAAAUAAAAAGAAAAAAAAAAAGUAAAAAGUGAUUAAUUUAAUGUUGAUUUAUAUGUAAUAUUAGAAGUAAUAUAAAUAAAAUUUUCAAAUGACGAAUAAUAAUUUCAAUAAAAAAACAUAUGAUGAUGACUAUAUGUCAUCAAUUAAUUUGUGGAUAAUAAUAGACGAUGGAAAUAAGUUUUAACAAUAAUAAAAAUAAUAAUAUAAUAAAUAUUAAAAAGCUAUUAUUGAUGAAUUUAAAAAAGAGAAAAGCGCGUAAACGUGCUAUUAGAAAAAUAAAAUUAAUGAAAAAAUUAUAUAUAAACUCGUCUAUUUGUGAUAAAUUAAUAAUCAAAAAUACCAAUAAUAAUAAUAAUAAAUUGAUAGAUUUAAAAAUUAAAAAAAAUAUAAUUAAUAAUAAUUAUUAUUUAAAAUUUAUUUUUAAUUUGCAAAAAAAAUUAUUUUUUGAUUUAAUAAAUUUACGACAAGUGCUGGUGGGUGAUUGAGGAAGAUAAAGAAAGAGGAAAAGACUAUUAUAGAUGCGGUGCCCGGAGGGGCCGGUCCGCGGCGGCGUGACGCGAUGCGGACGCGCCCCUCCUGCAAAAUCACUCAUGUCAAGAGUACGAAUAGAUAUUAUUGUCAACGUACAAAUCAACAAAGACAAAAUUCAUUAUCAUCAUCAUUACUAUUGUCAUCAAAAACAUCAUCAUCAUCAUCAUCAUCAACAACAACAACAACAAAUACAAAAAAAUGCCUUGGUUAUCACAUGUUUAUUUUUAUUAUCAUGGUAUUUUUACUUGAUAAAACAUUUGGUCAACAACAGCAACAACAACAGCAACAACAACAACAACAACAACAACAAGUUAAAUACAGUACAAGACAAAUACGUACACGUUAUGGUACAUUACGUGGUAUUGUAUCACGUACAAAUAGUAUUGAUGGUGUUGAAGUUUAUCUUGGUGUACCUUAUGCAACACCACCACUUGGUUCAUUACGUUAUAUGCCCCCAGUUACACCAACACAAUGGCGUGGUACAAAAUUUGCUGAUACAAUGCCACCCGUAUGUCCACAAAAAAUACCAACAAAUGAUCCAUUAUUAUCAAGACAUCGACGUGCCUAUCUCGAUAAAAUUUCAUCUAUACUUAAAAAUCAAAGCGAGGACUGUCUUUAUCUCAAUCUUUAUGUGCCAAGGCCUAUUCACGCAAGUGAAACAGAAUUGUUGCCAGCUCUUCUUCUUAUUCAUGGUGAUUCAUAUUCUUGGGGUGCUGGAAAUCCAUUGGACGGCAUUGCCUUGGCUGCACAUGGACGUAUCAUCGUAGUAUCUAUUAAUUUUCGUCUUGGUGUACUUGGUUUCUUGAAAACUGGCUCCAAGGGAAGUGCUCAGGGUAAUUAUGGUUUAAUGGAUCUUGUUGCUGGUUUACAUUGGUUACGUGAAAACAUUGAAGCAUUUGGUGGUAAUCCAGAAAAUUUAAGUGUAUUAGGACAUGGUACUGGUGCUGCAUUAGCAAAUUUUUUAGCAGUAUCACCAAUGUCAAAUGAAUUAGUUGAAAAAGUAAUAUUAUUAGGUGGUUCAGCAUUAUCAUCAUGGGCAAUACAACGUGAUCCAUUAUCAAUAAAACGUAAAGUUGCUGAUACAUGUGGUUGUCAUGGUGAUAUUGAAAAUGAUGAUAUAACAACAUGUUUAAGAAGUAAAAAUAUUGAUGAAUUACUUGAUGUUAAAUUAGAAUUACCAAGAUUUACAUCUGGUUUUGCACCAUUUGUUGAUGGUGCUGUAUUACCAUCACCAAUAUAUCAAACAACACAACCAACAGCAUCAUCAGCUGGUAUUUGGCCAUUAUUAUCAAGUCCUGGUAGUGAAUUUGCUGCACUUAAUAAUCGUGAUAUACUUAUUGGAUUAACAUCAAGUGAAGCAUUGCUGGAUUUAAAUGAAGAUGAUUUUAAAAAUGGUUUAAAUGAAACACGACGUGAUAAAAUACUCAGGACAUAUGUAAGAAAUACAUAUAGAUAUCAUUUACAUGAAAUAUAUUCAACAUUAAGAAAUGAAUAUACAGAUUGGGAAAAAACAGAACAAAGUCCAGUAUCAAUGCGUGAAGGAUUAUUAUCAUUACUUGGUGAUGGACAAGUUGCAGCACCAUUAUUAAAAUUAGCUUUAUUACAUUCAACAUCUGGUGGUCGUGGUUAUUUUUUACAUUUUCAACCUGGUGAAAGACCAAGUCAACGAGGUGAAGAGUUGCCCUAUUUACUUGGUUUUCCACUACUUAGAAAUGAUGCAAAUCACUACAAUCUCUAUAGUAAUUAUACUCAAGAUGAUGAGAUUCUUUCGCGCAUGCUCAUUCGAUAUCUUUCAAAUUUUAUACGUCGUGGUGAUCCAAAUGAGGGAAAUAUUGAUGGAACAAUAAAAAGUGCUCUAUUUUGGGAUUCAUAUGAUUCAAUAAAUCAAUUAUAUCUCGAAGCAAGUAAAUCACCAGCAAUGCGUUCACAUUAUCGUGGUCAUAAAAUGUCAUUAUGGCUUAAUCUUUUACCUCAACUUCAUCGACCAGGAUAUGAGAUUAGUAUGCGACAUCAUCAUUUAUCAGAAAGUCCAAAUUUAUAUGAAGGUGCUGUACGUCCACAAAUAAUGGCAAUGCCAUUACCAGCACCACCACUUGAAAUACCAUCACCAACAGAAGCAUCAAUGUCAUCAACAAAACAAAUUAAUCCAACAGAAUGUACACCAAAUGUAUCGGCAUUCACAAAAUCAUCAUCAAAAAUAAAAACAACAACACCAUCAACAACAUCAACACAUCCAAAAUUAUCACCAGGACCUAAUAAUUUACUACAUAAAUUUUCAUCAAAUCAUUAUCAAAGCUAUACAACUGCCCUAACUGUUACAAUUGCUGUUGGUAUAUUUCUUUUAUUAUUAAAUAUAUUAAUAUUUGCUGGAAUUUAUCAACAAAGAGAUCGUAAUAUAAAUGAUACAACAAUUGGUACAUUAUCAAUAACAACUGUUGGACAAUCAUCACCAUCAUUAUCAUCAUCAUCAUCAUCAAAUUUAACAUUAGGAUAUAUUGAAAAAAAAAAAAAAGAACAAUUAUUAGAAGCUGGAUGUUCAAAUAUUGAACAAAAAAUUAAUAUUAAAAAUGAUAAAUUAAAAAAAAUAACAUCAUCAACAUUUUUAUUAAAUGAUACAACAUCAUCAAUAACAACAAGUCCAUCUGUUAAUAAAAAAAAACUUGCACAAGAACUUGAAAUGCAAUUACAAGAUUUUAAAUGUUCAACAUUAUCAAUUAAUAAUAAAAGAAUGACAAUUGAUCCACCAUCGUAUUUAAAUAAAAGCUUUAAUAAUAAACAAAGAAGUAGAACACCAUCACCAUGUGUUGACAUUGCAUCAAGAAAUAAUGAAAUAAAUGAUAAUGAAAAUGAUGAUAUUAGUGAUGAUGAAUUUUUACCUGAACCACCACCACCACCAAAAGCACCACUACCAUCAACAUCAACAACAACAACCCCACAACAACAACAACAACAGCAACAACAGCAACAAAUACAUCCAGGUAUAUUACGACAACCUGGUACACCUGGUAGUGCAAAAAAACGUGUGCAAAUACAAGAAAUUUCCGUAUAAAAAAAAAAAAAAAAAGAAAAAUAGUUAAAAAGAAAAUACAUAUA